CAUAACGAGUUUCAAAUGUACCAUUUAUUUUUCGACAGGUUUAAACCACAAAAACUUUUUUCGGCGAGCUUUGGUUCUGAUUUUUCUUUAGUGAAUUAUUACCCUGUGAGAUGAUUUAUAAUUUACAGUUACGUCUGACAAUAUCAACUAAAUUUCUUAUGUGAUAGUAAUUAAAAAAUAUAGAUUACUGCGUCAAAGUAUUAAAGACGUUUACAAAGCCGGGUGCUGUAAUUUAUUCAUGGCUGCCACAUGCCAUUAAAGAAAGCGAUGGCAACAAACUUUUAACGUUGAAAAAAGUGCAUUUUAUUAAAUAAAAUUGACUAAUGCUAAAAUUUCACCAGGAGCAACAAUUUAAUUUUGUUCACAAAUUUUUCAGUGCGAUGCAAUUAAGAGUUAGGAAAUAUAAAUCAAGUGUUAUAACUGGGAUUUUCUUUAUAUUACUACUGGUUUUAAAUGUAUACAUUUUUCAGACUACUAGUGUUCAGGAAUUUGAUGUAUGCGUAGUUGGAGCCGGUUUGUCUGGCGCAGUGAUAGCGGAAAGAUAUGCGGCAACAACUAAAAAGUCAAUUCUGGUUCUUGAUAAACGUGACCAUAUUGGUGGAAACUGUUACGAUUUUAUUGACAAUGAGACAAGUAUCCGUGUUUCAAAGUACGGUGCGCACCUGUUCCAUACACGCUAUCAGCAAGUUUGGGAUUAUGUUCAGCAGUUUAGCGAAUGGGUUCCUUAUGAACAUAAAGUUUUGGCUCUUGUGGAAGGAAAUCACAUUCAUAUUCCAGUAAAUAUCAACACAGUUAACGCUUUAUUUAAUCUAGAUAUUAAAUCUGUUGAGGACAUGGAUGCAUGGCUAAAAAGAGAGCAGGUUCAAUACAAUCGCAAACCAUCAAAUUCUGAAGAGAUGGCAUUAUCACGUGUAGGUAGUAAAUUGUACAAUCUACUUUUUAAACCUUACACGAUAAAGCAGUGGAAUAAAACUCCUGCUGAAUUAGGUCCGUCUGUUUUGGCUCGUAUUCCGGUACGAAACAAUUGGGAUGACCGUUAUUUUUCAGACCAAUACCAGGCUUUGCCUAAGAGAGGUUAUACAAAUUUAAUUCAAAACAUGUUAAAAUCACCGCAGAUAAUUGUCCGACUGAAAACGGACUAUUUUGACAUUCGUGACAUGAUCAAAUGCAGAAAAACGUACUUUUCUGGACCCAUUGACAGAUUUUACGAGAAGAAGGGAUUACCAAAACUGGAAUACAGAUCUUUGUCAUUUGAACGUAAAGUGUUAAAGAACGUGGAUCAUUUUCAGCCAGGCAGUGUUGUUAACCAUCCAAGUCUAAAAGAUAACUUUACACGUAUUGUUGAGUACAAGUGGUUACCUAAUCAAGAAUUUGAUUCUAAUGACACAGUUAUAUUCUAUGAGAGAUCGACUGCCGACGGAGAACCAUAUUAUCCGGUGCCUAAUGAACGGAAUCAAAAUUUAUACCAACGUUAUAAGACAUUCGCUAACUCAGAUCCUGAUAUAUAUUUUCUUGGACGCUUGGCAAACUACAAAUAUUUCAACAUGGAUGAAGCAAUCAAAAACGCACUAGAUAUGUUUUAUAUAACAGAAAGUGAUUAAAGCUGCAUACCUCUAGAAGAACCAAAAUAUGUCGUCAAAAAAAAAAAAUAAAAAAAAUGAGGAAAUGUAAAAAGUUUUAAGAAAAUUAAAAAUAUCAACUAUUCGAGUAAUGAUUUACAUAUUAUAUGUGCUAUUAAGGGCUGAUUUUGCAGUAUUCAUCACCAUUAGGUAGGGGCUUUUUUUUUGCUUAUUUUGACCUCUUUUGGGGUAAUUCACGAGGAUUGCAAAUGCUAUUUGUAAUGUGGAAAUUAUUUUCUGUGAUCAUUUAACAAUAUUUUACUUUUAAAAACAUUUUUAAAAUUUUCAUGAAAAUGAGCAUGAAUCUGGAAGCAUGCUGCUUUAGAAACAACAUGGACAACAGUUUAGUUGUUAAACCACACUUUUGCCAUUGGAUUACUAAAAUAGUUAAUUUUAACUUAAAGCAGCAUGCCUCCAAAUUUAUAGACAUAUUCAUGAAAAUUUUGAAGAUGUAUUUUAAAGUAACGACAUUGCAAAGAGAACAAAGGAAGUAAUUUACACAUUGCGGACAGCAAUUACAAUCUUCGCCAUUUACCAAAAAGUGGUCAAUAUAAUUUUGCAGAAAUAGCCCUUACUGUACUAGUCACGCAGUAAAAAUAUAUAUGUUGAUAAAUACCUUCUUGAAUUUUGAAACUGCGUAUAUUUAAUUUUAUGAAAACCUUAGUACAUUUUUCUCCAGUUUUGAGUUUCUUGAUUCAUCUAGGCAUGAAGCUUUUAAUAUACCUGAUUUAUAAAACGUCUUUAUGAAAUUAAAUAAAAAUAAAACUGAUUUACAUUUUGAUCAGCCAUAUAGAACGGAAAAGUAAAAUGAACAUUGACAAAAGAUUUUGAAAACAAGAUUGUUGCAAUUACAUGCCGAAUUUUGGAAAAUAUAUGAAAAGAUUAAUAAAAAAACAAUGAAAGAGAAACACAAUACAGGUGCACCGUUCCUGCCAGGAAAACAUGGUUGUGGUCAAUGCCACAUAAACCGAAUGGAUAUAGUCAUUUAAUUUUAGUACUAAUACACAAACAUGUAUGCAUUAGUGAUACAUUUCAUGCUUUUAAACUGGUAAUUAAUUAAAACAUAAAAACUUUAUUAUUUAUACAUUA